AUGGAACAACAGCAAAAGGAGCAGGAAUCCGAUGAUUCAGAUAAAGAGCCUUCAAAAAUUUCAGUUUCAGAAGGGUUUGCAGGUUUAAAAAAAUUUAUAGAGUUUUUUGAGCAACAAAGUGACCAACAUUUUAGAUCAGAAGAUUUAAAUGUUAUUCGAAAAUAUUUACCUAUAAUGAGAUGUAAAGAUAUAGAGUCUAAAAAGCAAA